CGCGCUGUAAACAAUCGACGUCACUAACCAACGUAGAUGAAAAUUUCCUAGUACGUCGCGAGUAAAACGUGCAUUAAAUGCAAUAAAAGGGCAGCUGGAACGAUUAAAGUCAGCCAACCUCAGAGGGGUGAGCAACCGAGGCAGUGAAUCCGCGAAUCCGUGCAUCCGGCUGACCAAAGGGCGAGAUUAGCGCAGCACCGAGUUUCCAUCCGCACACGGACACGGCGCACACACACACAGGCACACGCAGCCCGUGCCCAUCGAUGAAAUAACAUACAUAACGAACGUAUACCGAAAAUACACGGGUUACGGGAAAUAGCAGUUGCUGCAAUCGGCGGAUAAGCGAAAUUCGGGAAGCGGAGCAAGCGGGCCCACAAAGAUGUCGGAUAUCAUGAACAUCGACAGUAUCAUCUCGCGCCUGCUGGAGGUGCGCGGCGCACGACCGGGAAAGAAUGUGCAGCUAUCAGAGAGCGAGAUCCGCAGCCUGUGCCUCAAGUCCCGCGAGAUAUUCCUGUCGCAGCCCAUACUCCUGGAGCUGGAAGCACCGCUGAAGAUCUGCGGCGACAUACACGGACAAUACUAUGACCUCUUGCGCCUGUUCGAAUAUGGCGGCUUUCCGCCCGAGUCAAACUACCUGUUCCUGGGCGACUACGUCGAUCGUGGCAAGCAGUCCCUGGAGACGAUAUGCCUGCUGCUGGCCUACAAGAUCAAGUACGCGGAGAACUUCUUCUUGCUGCGCGGCAACCAUGAGUGCGCCAGCAUCAACCGCAUCUACGGGUUCUAUGACGAAUGCAAACGUCGCUACACCAUCAAGCUGUGGAAAACUUUCACGGACUGCUUCAACUGCCUGCCGGUGGCCGCCAUCGUGGAUGAGAAGAUCUUCUGUUGCCACGGCGGUCUGAGUCCAGAUCUGUCGUCCAUGGAGCAGAUACGACGCAUCAUGCGUCCCACAGACGUGCCCGAUCAGGGACUGCUGUGCGAUCUGCUGUGGUCGGAUCCGGAUAAGGAUACCAUGGGCUGGGGCGAGAAUGAUCGCGGCGUGAGCUUCACAUUUGGAGCAGAGGUUGUGGGUAAAUUUUUACAGAAGCACGAAUUUGACCUGAUCUGUCGGGCUCAUCAGGUGGUGGAGGACGGUUAUGAGUUCUUUGCCAAACGUCAGCUAGUGACGCUCUUCUCGGCGCCCAACUACUGCGGGGAGUUCGACAACGCGGGUGCCAUGAUGUCCGUGGACGACACAUUGAUGUGCUCCUUCCAGAUAUUGAAACCCGCCGACAAGCGACGAUUUGUUUAUCCCAACUUUGGCAGCUCAGGACGUCCUUUGACACCGCCACGCGGAGCCAACAAUAAAAACAAGAAAAAAUAAACACUGCACACCGCGAACGAAGCACAACAACAACAGCAACUACAAACGGCCACACACCCAAAACACAAAUAGGGAAAACAGAAAGGAGAAUCCGUGUGUCCACAUUCAACGGAAAGCGCAGAGAGUUUGUUUUUAUCAUAAACGUGUAAUCGAAUCGUGAGCAACGUUAUAUGGGGUAUAUGAAUCUACACAAAUUAGCCUAUCUUUCAUUUGAAAAGGAACAAAAAAAUAACAAAAACAAAUAAGGAAAACGAAACGAAUGAAAGGAAAACAAGAAACCAGAAAACACAAAUCGAGACACUUUAGUUCAAACUAAUGGUAGUGUAAGACACUGCAUAAGCAAGAAUAUUUUAUCUCCUAAUGUAUUAAUUUUGUUAUAAUAUUUCCUUGCGCAAAGCCCACACACUCUCACUCACACACAUACACAUGCUCAGAUCAUCCGUACAGUAGGUACCAUAAGUGCACGCACCGAUUGUAUUUUAAUUUGCAUUUCCAACUCGCACAGCAUUUUAAUUGUGUAGGCCGAUCCUGGCGGCACUUUUGGCAAAGGUCUUUAAUCACACUUCCGUUCUUCCUUGUUUUUUUUGCGUAUCUAAAGGGAAUAUUAGCAAAUGGUAACAAUGUUAACUUUUAUGUUAAUUAAACUGUACGAGAAUGCUUUUAAAUGUGAGUUGAGGUUACUACAUAUUACAUAUGUAUGUACUCGCGGCACGAUUUAUUUUUGUAAUAUUUGACAUCGAUACAUGUUUACUUAGUUUUAAAACGAGGAAAGCAAUUUUAGUUGCAAGCUAUAUAAGCUUGAAUUGUUUACACCAAAAAUAUUAAAAUAAACAAAUAUUGUGAAUAUUUUUUAACUGUUUGCGUUACACAAACACUCCACACACACUCACAUACAGGCAAGCACGCACACACGAUUUUAAGGAGAACCCUGAAAAGUAUGUUUAUAUAGACAAAAAUAAACCCGAAUUGAAAAUCUACCUUAAGGCGAACGCUUUUGAGCGGCACUGUGUGCUCUCUGCUGAUGUCAGCGACGAGGCAGAUAAUGUUACCCCCUUUAAAUCCCCCGCCCAGACGAAAGGAAAGCAGCGGCCCCAGACCCAUUAAGUGCAUGUGAAACUCACACGAAAUAUAGAAAAAAAAUCGAAACAAAAAUAAGCAAGUAAUAAAAUAUUUGUAAACAGCAGCGCAACAAACACAGACACACACACUCUGUUUAUCGUACAAGCGUACUUGUGUACACUUCGUGUAUUUUGCAUUCUACGACUAACGUCGCAACAUUCUAGUGCUAAAGGCCGCCACAUUCAAUUACAAGUAUUAUGCCCAGGCAGGCAGGCAGCGAUCCGGAGCGAUGCAGCCGGACGCAAGUUACCCAAAAUGGUUUCGUUUGUAUAAUCCAAUCCAAUCCAAUCCCCGCCCGACAACCAAGCAACCUACUAACAACAAUCGCGUAACCUACGGACAAAAAAAAAAAAACAAAUA